UAUCUCCGUCAACGAGGUGGGAGAUACUGAAGCGAUUAAUACAGAGUAAUGUACGCCAUUAGUCCAUUCAUUUAAAAUUGAAAACUCAACGUGUAUAAUUCAUCAUCGUGUCUCAUUAAGAACUAAAAAUCAACUAUUGACUACUGUAUUGAAUGGUAGUGAAGAACUAUUUCAACUGUUUAUUGUUGGAAGAAAUUUUUAAAAUAUAAAAAUUCAAAGUCGAAAAUUUAAACAUGAAUGUCAUUACGAAUGGCAUUAAGAAUGAUUUUCUAGUGGGAAAAAAUGAAAACGGCGAAUAUUGUUUAAAAAAUAUUUGUGAACAUACUAAUCUAUCAUACAAAGAUUCCCACUGGAAAUUUCAAAAAGACUAUAUUACAAGAGAUGAAUUGAAUUCAAUCCUUCAAAGAAAUGAAAAAUAUCUUGGAGUAGUUCAAUUUAAAAAAAAACUUCAGUUAAUUGAGGAAUAUGAAUGGAUUGAAAAAGUUGCUGUUAUAAUAAAAGAUAAAAAUUUUGAUUUACAAAUUGACAAUUUAUUCAUAACUUUAUGGACUGCUUUGGAAAAGAAACGUGUAUAUAUUGAUUCUCUUCUACUGAAAUUCAUGGGAUUUGAUGAUAUAAAUUUUGAAUUUAAUUUUGACAAGCAAUUAUCAAAAUUUGUUGAAUUUUUAAAAACUAAUGAAAUAGACCAUAAACGGGAAGAGGUGUCAUCAAAUGAAUUUGAAAAAAAUGUAUCAUCGCCAAUUUUUUUAACCGUUGAUAAUUUUAAAUAUUGUAUUAUGUUGCUAAACAAUUGUAGGGCUAAAGAAGUUAAAAAUUAUUACAUUAAAUUAGAAAGAAUAUUUGAUUGCUAUAAAAAUUAUAUUGCUAAGUUAGAAAUUCAUAAACUACGAAAUGAAAAUAGAGAAUUGUUAAAACAAAAUCAGGAAUUAAAAAAAAAAUUUAAUGAAAUAGAACCUCAAUUGAAUGAAAAGGAAACUCAAUUAAAUGAAAAAAAUACUCAAUUGAAUGAACCUAUUCGUAUCAAUAGUAGUAUUGCGACAGUGUUAGACAAUAUUAAAAUGCCAAAUCCAGAUGGCUAUAUUUAUAUUGCGACAACGAUACAAUACGCUAGACAGAAUAUAUUUAAAAUUGGAUUUACCGUUGACUUAAAUACGCGUUUAUCAGGACUAAAUACUGGAAAAAUUUCUACAGACCGUUUAUAUUACUCGUAUUAUAAGAAAACUUUUAAUGUUAGAAAAAUCGAAAAAAUGAUUCAUAACUUAUUAGUGGACUAUAGGGAUUCUCCUAAAAAUGAAUUUUUUAAAUUACAUUAUACUUAUUUAUCUGAAAUAGUUAAGUUUGUUAUUAAUAAUACACAUAAACCAUAUGAACAAAUCACUGACUUUGUCAAAGAUAAAUUGAAAGACGUAUAUAACUUACGUCCUAUUGUUCCACCAGAAAUGCCAAUUCCAAACUAUAAUGGAUUAUCAGAAUCAGAAAUUAUAAAUACAUUUACGAAAAUAAUUAUUCAUUAUGGAGACAGCCAAGUUUAUGAAAUAAAGUGGAAAAAAUUAGUAUCAGAUUUACAGCAAAAAUUGAGAUCUAAAUUAAAAACAAGGAAAGUUUGGGACUUAUUUAAAACUCAAUUUAAUUGGCAAUCAAGUACUACACCAAUUUGUUAUGAGGGUUAUCAAAUAAUAGUUGUUUAUUAAUUUCAUAUAAAAAAAAAAUUAUUUACCCAUCAAACUGUUUAGAUUAAUGAACUUUUAUUUUUCGUGUUUAACAUUUAUUAUUAAUCAAUUUAUUUACUAAUUUCAAAAACAUAUUGUAAUUUCUUUUUAAAAAUGUGAAUUUAAAUGAUAUUUACAAUUUAUUAAAUAAUUUUUAUUACA